AUGGAGGCUAGAACCAAGCAAUUGGUAGAAGCUGAGAGGGAGAAUUUGCUAAAUCAGCUGAGCCAACUAAUUCCAAAUUUUGAUCCAAGCAUGCUGAAACUGACAAAUUUCCAAAGUCCUGUGCAAAGUCCCAAAAAUCCAAUGUCAGAUAAAGCAAGCUGCUCUAGGGCGCUGGAUGUCAGAGCCCUCAAUUUUGAGGAUGAUAAUGCCAAAGAUGGAGAAAAGCAAGAAGAAAUGAAAUCCAAGGAUGCAAAACAGCAAGCUGACAUGAAAGACAAGUGCUUAGACGUUUUUGAGAAGGAACAACAAGCACUAGAUUACUCAAACCUAGUCUUGCCAUCUUCUUUACAAGCCCUUUGUCGUUAUAUGGAGACGACAUUAAAGGUUUAUGUGAAGGCUAUGAUAUUUACUAUUGAGAAGGAGGUGUUUGGUUUUGAGCGUCAAACCUUCGUCUUGAUUGAAGAUAUUACAUAG